UCAGGGGUCAUGGUAGCUCAGUCGGUUGGAGAAGGUCUGAAGACACUUUACCAGCAAAAAUUUCUCUGGAUAGCAUGCGAAUGGCUGCAGAUGUCAAUGACACUCCGGAGAGAAGCCAUUUUCCCUGACGGAACAUCUCAUAACACAUUAGAGAGACGUCUCACAAGUGUUAUGUUUGUAUAAAGGAAUUAAGUUCUUUAUCACUCCUAAAACACUAUCAGAAUGCAUUCCACAGAAAAUUCUUACAUAUGUGAUGUUUGUGGUAAGGAGUGUAUUCAUUUUUCAGGACUAAAAGCUCAUAUAAGAACACAUACCGGAGAAAAGCUAUUUAAGUGUGAAGUCUGCGAUAAGGAAUGUGUAUCUCACUCAGCGCUAAAAACACAUGUAAGAACUCAUACGGGAGAGAAGCCUUACAUUUGUGAUAUUUGUGGUAAAGGAUUCAGUAUUGCAGACACCUUAAAGAAACAUGUAAGAAUACAUACUGGAGAAAAGCCUUACAAAUGUGAUAUUUGUGGCAAAGAAUUCAGUAGUGUAACAGGUCGGAACAAACAUGUAAAAACGCAUUCCUCAAAAAAUAAACCUUACAAAUGUGAAGUCUGUGGUAAGGGAUGUAAAUCUUCCUCAGAGCUAAAAGUGCAUAUCUGGAGGGUACAUAAUGGAGAAAAACCCUACAAGUGUGAAUUCUGUGGCAAGGGAUGUACAACCCCUUCCGAGCUAAAAAUCCAUAUCACGGUUCAUACAGGAGAAAAGCCUUACACGUGUGAAGUCUGUGGUAAGGCAUUUAGCACGACAGGUAGUAUGAAGUCACACAGCAGAACGCAUACAGGAGAAAAACCUUACAUUUGUGAUAUUUGUGGUAAAGGAUUCAGUAUUGCAGACACAUUAAAGAAACAUAUCAGAACACAUACUGGAGAGAAGCCUUACAAAUGUGAUAUUUGUGGCAAAGAAUUCAGUAGAGUAACUGGUCGGAACAAACACAUCAGAACGCAUUCCUUAACAAAUGAACUUUACAAAUGUGAAGUCUGUGGUAAGGGAUGUAUAUCUUCCUCAGAGUUAAAAGUGCAUAUCUGGAGAGUACAUAAUGGGGAAAAACCCUACAAGUGUGAAUUCUGUGGCAAGGGAUGUACAACCACUUCCGAGCUAAAAAUCCAUAUCACCGUUCAUACAGGGGAAAAACCUUACAAGUGUGAAGUCUGUGGCAAGGCAUUUAGCACGCGAGGUAGUAUGAAGUCACACAGCAGAACGCAUACAGGAGAAAAACCUUACAUUUGUGAUAUUUGUGGUAAAGGAUUCAGUAUUGCAGACACAUUAAAGAAACAUAUCAGAACACAUACUGGAGAGAAACCUUACAAAUGUGAUAUUUGUGGCAAAGAAUUCAGUAGAGUAACAGGUCGGAACAAACACAUCAGAACGCAUUCCUUAACGAAUGAACUUUACAAAUGUGAAGUCUGUGGUAAGGGAUGUAUAUCUUCCUCAGAGUUAAAAGUGCAUAUCUGGAGAGUACAUAAUGGGGAAAAACCCUACAAGUGUGAAGUCUGUGGCAAGGGAUGUACAACCCCUUCCGAGCUAAAAAUCCAUAUCACCGUUCAUACAGGGGAAAAGCCCUACAAGUGUGAAGUCUGUGGUAAGGCAUUUCGUACGCCAAGUAGUAUGAAGUCACACAGCAGAACGCAUACAGGAGAAAAACCUUACAUUUGUGAUUUUUGUGGUAAAGGAUUCAGUAUUGCAGACACCUUAAAGAAGCACAUCAAAACUCAUACUGGAGAGAAGCCUUACAAAUGUGAUAUCUGUGGCAAAGAAUUCAGUAGUGCAGCAUGUCGGACGAGACAUGUAAGAACACAUUCCUCAAGAAUUAAACCUUACAAAUGUGAAGUCUGUGGUAAGGGAUGUAUAUCCCCUUCCGAGCUUAAAGUGCAUAUCAGGGUUCAUACAGGGGAAAAGCCCUACAAGUGUGAAGUCUGUGGUAAGGGAUUUCGCACUUCAUUCAGACUGAAGUUGCAUAGCAGAACCAACACUAACGGGAAACCAUGUAUAUGUGCUAUUUGUGGUAAAACAUUAUCCAACUUAUGUACCUUAAAUCUCCAUAGGAAAACACACAUAUUAGAUAAUCCGUACAAGUGUGAUGUUUGUGACAAAGGAUUUAGCACUUCAGCUAUUCUGAAGUUACAUGUUAGAACGCAUUGCGUAGAGAAACCUUACACAUGUCAUGUUUGUGGGAAAGAAUAUGCAAAUCACUCGGAGCUGAAAAAGCAUAUCGGAGCACAUACAGGAGAAACACUCUACAAGUGUGAAGUCUGUGGUAAGGGUUUUUGUACUUUAUCAAGCCUUAAUAUACAUUCCAGAACACAUACCGGAGAGAAACCUUACAUAUGUGAUAUUUGUGUCACAGGAUUCAGUACUGCUGAUGUCCUAAAGUUACACAUGAGGACACAUACUGGGGAGAAACCUCACAAAUGUCAGACUUGUGGGAAGGAAUUUAGAUCUUCACAAAAACUUAAGUCACAUAUGAGAACACAUACCGGAGAAAAGCAUUUCAUGUGUCAUAUAUGUGGAAAGAGAUUCGGUCGGUCAUCUGAACGAAAUGUACAUAUGAGAAUUCAUACUGGAGAGAAACCUUACAAAUGUGAUGUUUGUGAUAAAAGAUUCAGUAGCGGAUCCAUCCUGAAAAUACAUACAAGAAUACAUAGCGGAGAAAAACCUUACAAGUGUGUUAUUUGUAGUAAGGCAUUUAUUUGUGUAUCAACCCUAAAGCACCAUACCAGAGCGCAUUCCGGAGAAAAACCUCUUAAAUGUGAUGUCUGCGGUAAGGGGUGUACGUUUCCAUCAGAGCUAAAAGUGCAUUUGCGAACUCAUACAGGAGAAACGCCCUUCAAUUGUGAAGUCUGUGGUAAGGCAUUUAGUACAAGAUCUACUCUCAAGUUACAUGGCAGAACGCAUACGGGAGAAAAACCUUACAUUUGUGAUAUUUGUGGUAAAGGAUUCAGUAUUUCAGACAGCUUAAAGGACCAUAUCAGAAUACAUACUGGGGAGAAGCCUUAUCAAUGUCAUCACUGUGGGAAGGAAUUCAUAACUUCAAGAAGGCUCAAUAUACAUAUGAGAACACAUACCGGGGAAAAAGUGUGAUGUUUGUGGGAAGAGAUUUGGGCAGUCAGCUCACCGAAAUGCAAAUAUGAGAAUUCAUACUGGAGAGAGACCUUACAAAUGUGAUGUUUGAGAUAAAGCAUUCAGUAGUGGAUCUAUCCUGAAGAUACAUGCAAGAAUACGUAGCGGAGAAAAACCUUACAAAUGUGUUUUUUGUUGUAAGGCAUAUAUUUGUGUAUCAACCCUAAAGCAACAUAUCAGAACGCAUUCCAAAGACAAACCUUACAAAUGUGAUGUCUGUGGAAAGGGAUGUACGUUUUCUUCAGAGCUAAAGGUUCCUAUAAGAUCACACACAGAAGAAACAGCCUUUAAGUGUGAAGUAUGUGGUAAGGCAUUUAGUACUUUGUACGGCCUGAAGUCUCAUAGUAGAAACCUUACAAAUGUGUUUUUUGUGGUAAAGGAUUUCGUCUGUCAUCUGUCCGAAAUGAUCAUAUUAGAACACAUACCCGAGAGAAGCCUUACAAAUGUGAUAUUUGUGAUACAGAAUUGAGUAGAUCGUCAAAUCUGAGUAAACAUACUAGAACGCAUACAGCAAAAUAUAAUUGGUGGUUAGGAUUGGAAGCCAUGUAUAUGUGAUAUUUGUUGUAAAGCAUUAUCUCACUUAUGUAUCUAAAAUGUAACAUAUAGUCUCAUGUUGUCAGGGCUAGCAUAUAGAUAUUAUCAUAAUAAUAAUGUAACCUUGGUAAAAUACUGAUAAUAAUGUAACCUUGGUAAAAUACUGAUAAUAAUGUAACCUUGGUAAAAUACUGAUAAUAAUGUAACCUUGGUAAAAUACUAAUAAUAAUGUAACCUUGGUAAAAUACUACUAAUAAUGUAACCUUGGUCAAAUAAUGAUAAUAAUGUAACCUUGGUAAAAUAAUGAUAAUAAUGUUAACUUGGUAAAAUACUAAUAAUAAUGUAACCUUGGUAAAAUACUGAUAAUAAUGUAACCUUGGUAAAAUACUGAUAAUAAUGUAAACUUGGUAAAAUACUAAUAAUAAUGUAAACUUGGUAAAAUACUAAUAAUAAUGUAACCUUGGUAAAAUACUGAUAAUAAUGUAACCUUGGUAAAAUACUAAUAAUAAUGUAACCUUGGUAAAAUACUGAUAAUAAUGUAACCUUGGUAAAAUACUGAUAAUAAUGUAACCUUGGUAAAAUACUGAUAAUAAUGUAACCUUGGUAAAAUACUGAUAAUAAUGUAACCUUGGUAAAAUACUGAUAAUAAUGUUAACUUGGUAAAGUACUGAUAAUAAUUUAACCUUGGUAAAAUACUAAUAAUAAUGUAAAUUGGUAAAAUACUGAUAAUAAUGUAACCUUGGUAAAAUACUGAUACUAAUUUAACCUUGGUAAAAUACUAAUAAUAAUGUAACCUUGGUAAAAUACUGAUAAUAAUGUAAAUUGGUAAAAUACUAAUAAUAAUGUAAACUUGGUAAAAUACUAGUCGCUCGACCUCUCUGCUGGAGACAAUUUUCCUUUAGUUCGAUCAGUUUAGUGUAAGACUAGUAAUCUGGAAGUCUUCAGCUCGAUUCCUAGCAGAGGCAAUUCUUUAUAUUUGACUAAUCAUGAUUCCUGGUAUAUUGAUGUACUAUUACAUAUUUAUGUUUUAUUCAGUUCCAUAGUUCUGUAGUUAUAUACCAUUUUAUAUAAAUCUACAAUUUCAUUUUUAUGUCAAAUUUUAAAAAUUGUGAUUACAUUCUUAAUUGAUAUACAAUUGAUUAUUUUGGAUAUAUUGAAAGUAACAUCAACUAACCCACAUAAGAAGUUAUGACAUUAUAAGUGAUAUUAACUGACUCACAACUCCCCCACAUAAACAGUUAUGACAUUGUUAGUGAUAUUAACUGACCCACAACUCCCCCACAUAAAAAGUUAUGACAUUGUAAGUGAUAUCAGCUGACCCAUUAUUCCCCCACAUAAACAGUUAUGACAUCAUAAGUAAUAUUAACUGACCAAUUAUAUAAUUAUUCCCCCACAUAAACAGUUAUGACAUUGUAAGUAAUAUUAACUGACCCACAACCAAUCAAAAUGAAGAGUAGUGUGACAAUAAAUAUCGAUGACAUUCCACUCCAGCUAGACGUUAGAUGUUACAGAUUUUAUUCAAAAAGAGAGUAGACUUCUAGUGAGUGGUAAUUAUUAUUUAUUGUUAACUUAUAAACCAUGAUUGUUUUCAUUGGAAUUAAUCAAAAUAUAUGUAGGUUUGUCGGUUGAAUGACUUCAACUUCUUGCAUAAUCUGAACUCAUAUUCAGUACACAUAUAGAUCCCAAUCAUGUUUUAUAAUCUCUUGUAUAGUUGACACUUUCAAUUAAGGUUUUACAUUCCUUUAUAUUUGUCUCCAAUGACACAAUUUGUUGGAGCGAUUGUCCUAGAUUUAUUUUCUGAUUUUAUUGUUCAUGUAUCCCUUUAUUGCUAAUGAUGGCGUAUCUAAAAUGCAAAUUUAUUUAAAUAUGUUUUUUUAUAUGAAAAAACUAUUUUAAUAUAAAAUGACGGUAUCUGUGUGUAAAUAAUUUAAGUAAGAUUAUAAAUAAAGAGUUAGUACCAAUA